CAUUUUCUGGCCGCUGUGUCAGAUUCUGCUCGCAUCGGCUCUACUAAGUGCCGGACCACCGAAAAAAAGUGGCGGAACCCAAAAGGCGAAAACACAGACGUGUCGGAGUUGCCUUCCGGCCCACGUCGAGCUCUGAAAAGAGGCGCCACGUAAAACACAGGUCUGCAGACUAGGGGGAGGUCCUACCACGACGUGUUCUUUUCAUGAUGGUGUGAAGCACUAUACAGCCUACUGCAGCCUGGGACAAGCGGUAGGCCUUCCUUCCUUUUACACUGCAACCUGUGUUUGUUUUGUACUCGGGAGAAUGGAACACCCUCCGUCAAAGUCCCCGAAAAUGGGAAGGUCCAGACUGCUUCGGGUCUCGCUGAUCCUGGGCUCUGUGUUCACGAUUCUUCUGAUAAUCAUCUACUGGGAUGACGUGGGGGCGACCUACUUCUACCUGCACACCACCAUAUCUGGCCCUCACACCACCCGGCCGCCCCCCGCGGCCAACCCCGAUCACAAACCCAAGACGGAGCCGGACAAAGACAAAGACAAAGACAAAGAGCCCUCUUUCCUGUCCGACAUUGACGCCUUUGUCAACCAGUUCCUCCUCAGCACAAUGGACCCCACGGACCAGGCCAGGGGCCAGAACCUGGCCGGCGGCGGCGACGCGCAGAACCAGUCCAAUGAAUCCAAGUCGGACGAGAAGUUUGUCCCCAGGCGCGAAUGGAAGAUCCACCUCACCCCCAUCGCGCCGGAGCUGAAGCAGAGGCAGGAAGAGCGGAAGGCGACCGUGCGCAGUGUCUGCGGCGCCAACAGCUCCUUGGAGUUCCCCGGCAAGAACCGCACGUUUGACGACAUCCCCAACAAGGAGCUGGAUCACCUGAUCGUGGACGACCGCCACGGCAUCAUCUACUGCUACGUGCCCAAGGUGGCGUGCACCAACUGGAAGCGCAUCAUGAUCGUGCUGAGCGAGAGUCUGCUGGUGGACGGCGCGCCUUACCAGGACCCCCUGGACGUCAGCAGGGAGCAGGCCCACAGCAGCGACGCGCACUUCUCCUUCAACAAGUUCUGGAAGCGCUACGGCAAGUUCUCGCGCCACCUGAUGAAGAUCAAGCUGAAGAAGUACACCAAGUUCCUGUUCGUCAGAGACCCCUUCGUCAGGCUCAUCUCGGCCUACAGGAGCAAGUUUGAGGAGCUGAACGAGGGCUUCUACAAGAGCUUUGCCGUGGUCAUGCUCAAGCGAUACGGAAACGUCACCAACCCCCCGACCUCAGUCGUGGACGCCUUCGCGGCCGGCAUCAGGCCAACCUUCACUAACUUCCUCCAGUACAUUCUGGACCCCAACACGGAGAAGUCGGCUCCCUACAACGAGCACUGGAGACAGGUGCACCGCAUGUGCCACCCGUGCCAGAUAAACUAUGACUUUGUGGGCAAGCUGGAAACCCUGGACGAGGACGUAGAGCACCUGCUGAGGAUUCUGCGCGUAGACAAUGUGGUCCAGUUCCCCACAAGUCAUCACAACCAAACGAAAAACAACUGGGAGGACCAGUGGUUCGCCAGCAUUCCUGCAGAGAUGCGGAGAGAACUCUACAAAGUCUAUGAGGCUGACUUCAAAAUGUUUGGAUAUGCCAAACCUGAGAAACUUUUACACGAGUAAAAAAAAAACAUCAUGGAGCUUCUUUGAGCUCUGAUUGUUGCGAUAAGAGUAUGGGAUAUAUUUUACUUUCAUUGCCAUCGUUAUUGACUUUUUUUUUUUUUCUAACUCCCGUAAUUAUUUUGUAUCAGGGAUGCUUGCAUUUUUGCUGUCUACUUUUUAUUCAUCUUGAUUUAGCUGAAUGCAGUUUGCCAUAUAAAGGGAUUUGGGGGGAAAAGGAUUGCUUGAACAAUUCAAAACUUUGAACGCUCCAGUUGGUAAGUAGUUUCUGGAAGCCUGAGCCAGUGGGGAAGUGAUAUAUCUUCCCUGAGGGUUCGGAUUUUCAUGCUAGACUCUGCAUGCUGGGCAAAGAGGUGUUUCUAUUGUACUAUUUUGUCAAGGAAAGGGAAAGUCAAGGCACUGGCAGGAAGUUAAGGAAAUAGGUGUGUUGGUAAAAAUAUCUGUUUAUUUGAAUGUUUCUUUGUAAGUGAAGUGCAUUUUACAUAUUGCCCCCUCAGAGUAGAGGAUGUAUGAAUAUGAAUAUUUGUGAGUAUAAGGGAAUGUGUCAAAAAUGCAGCAAUGUUGCAUAACACACUUUUUUAUCUUGGUUUGUACAUAUUUUUCUGUCUUAAAUGGCACAACCAUUCAUCGUAGCAGUAAGGUUAUCUAGCAUGCGGGGAGGCAAAGAUGCCUUGCUGCCUAAUGGCAUCAAAAUGGAAUUCCUUUGUAGCGAAUGAUGUUCCUUUUCUGACUCUGCCACUACUCCCAUCCGGAAAGCGCUCUGGUGGUGAACCAGUUAGGUCUGUUUGCUGUAGUCGUCUGCAUGCCACAGAUUUUGAAUGGAGCAUGUGUGUGCCUUUUGGUCCCUGUCUACAGUUCUGUGGAGGAGGGACUCCAAGAAGGGGGGAGCGCUGGGCUUCCCCACUCAAAACAUUCUGGUGGACCUGCAUAGAUUUAGUUCCUGUUAAAUUAAUAGCAAAAAGAAAGAACUUUUUUUAUUUAAUGACUUACAGAAAUCAAGAGAAAUCACAUUAAGCACAAAACAAUAUGUGGUUUCACAGUUGUUAAUGAUAUCUUUUCCUCGGCAGCGACAGCAGUAGGACAUUCUUAUUGCGGCAGUAUGACAUUCUCCUUGCUUUGUUUUCUUUUAUUGAACAAGUUGGGUCUUUAUCUUCUAUGAUACUGCACUUCCUCUAAAUUGAUUUCCUUUAAAGGCCUGUGUGUACCGUUCUUUAUUUCUAGAAUACGUGCUGCCCAUUCACAACUGCCGUCUUCUUCAUGAAUAUUUAUCACCACCACCAGUUUAUAAGUAUUCAUUAGGGCUUGGAAAUGUACACUUUUCAUACAUGAGCAGGUAGAUAGUCUCCAUGUAAAUUUGCAAUUUUUUUGUUGAAUUGUUGAUUUUUUUAUUACAGUCAUGGACAUCUUUGGCUGCAAAACCUAUUUGGGUCAGACCAUUAAAUAUUAGAUGAUUUACUUAGUAAAUAUCCAUGAAAAAGAUCAAAUUUGUGAAUGGGUACAUUCUGGAAAUGAAACUACUCCAUUUACACACCUGACCUUUAAAUACGCUGUCAUAGUAUUAACUCAAUGCACUUUGCACAGAGUACUGAACAAAAAGAAAAGUUCUUGACUUUUGGCGUUUCCUGUCUUUCUCUCCUGUGGUGUAGUGUGCUUUGGUGGGCUUGGUUUACCGCAGAAAUCAGCAUGGAGCCCACAGGUCAAGUAGCAGCUACUGGACAAGAAAUGGGGGAGGGGGAGGGGGCUGAUGGCCGGACACUUACAAUCUUUUAACCAGGCAUCCCUCUGGUAGAGGUGUCAAUCCCAAGUUCAGAAAGUAAACUCUUUUGACGCAUUUUCAUUCUGGCACAGCUGACUUCACUGAGUUUAGCUGAUCUAUUUGUUAAGAAGUCAUCUGAGCAGGCUUGGUCAAAUUUGCGGCAGCAUUUUCAUUUUCUGAACUGUUCUGGUCGAUUUGGUUGGUCAGGAGAUGGAGGAGUCUAUCCAGCCAAAAUCUCCCACUUUUGUCCCCUCAGGUCAACACUUAGGGAAAGUACUGUAUGCUUUGGUUCAACUAUUGCACCCACAUUGUAGCAGUGGCUUUCUAAGGACCAGGAAAGUAAAGUUUACACAGCAAAAAGUAUAAAUGGGGGGAAAAGAACUAUUUUUCUAAGUCGCAGUAUAUUUGUCUAUGGAAAAAAAUAUUGUUUAGGAACUCCUUUGGAAAUAUUUUAAUGAAGUAGAGUAUAUUUCAUGUGUACUGAAUGUUUUUUAAAAUAAAUGUUGAGAAACCUUUCCAAGUUAAUGACAGGUAUUUGUCAAUGCAUUUUUUUCUUCUGUUCCUUGUUGAAGUUGGUUUUAAGUGUACAAAGCACAUCCCUCUCCUAUGUUUCGUUUAUCAGAUGACUCCGAGCUCUCAUGCGUGCUGUCAUUUGCCAAUGUGUUUGAAUGUGGGAUGCUAUUUGUUUUAAAGUUAUAUGCCACAGAUCAUAGGAGAUUGCUAUCUGUGUAUUAUGUGAGUUAUUAUGUGUGACCCUUCUGACCCUUCCCUUUCAAUGGAAGAUUAGGUGGUGUCAUAACACUUAAAAAAAAAACAUGGUCAAAGCAAGUUCUAGCUGCAUGCAGUGUUAAUUUGCAGUUUAUUUUCAUCAGGUAUGAGAAGUGUUCAAAAAUAUCUUGUCAUAGGGACUGAUUUUGGUUUUGGGGGAUUUUUUUUGUUUGUUUGUUUUUUUUAUUCAGAAUGUUCAGCCCUGAUGCUUUUGAUAUUAUCUUGUCAUGUGUGUUGCACAUUAUUUUUUUGCUGUCGGGCAUUAAAGGG